GUACAGAAUUUAGUCUACGGGUUCUUUUUCGACAGUUCAGUCCAUUUUCUAUCACUACCUUCGGGACGAUAUGAUUUUUCUGGUGCUACUAUCGGUACUCGGCAUCCUACUGGCGUAUCAGUACUUCAAAAUUCUUAACGGUUACCGCUUUGCUGAUCAAAUUUUUACCGUCCAACCGGUUUAUCCGAUCCUCGGCCAUGCGGGUGUAUUUUCGGGAAAAUCUUCCAAGCAAGCCUUCUGGCUAACGGUGAAAUACUUCCAGCAGGUGGAUCGUCUCGGAAAAAUCCUGCUGGGCCCGAGACCGUUCGUGUUGGUCAACCAGCCGGAUCUACUGCAGCAGGUGCUCACCCGAAGCGACCUACACGAUAAGCCUUUCUUCUACGACUUUUUGACCCUUGGAGGUGGACUGAUCACGGAACGAUCUGGGGAAAAAUGGCGUCGCGUGCGGAAGCUUCUGAAUCCCACCUUCAACACUCGAAUGCUGACCAACUUUCUGCCUAUCAUGGAUUUUCGUGCCAGUAAAAUGGUGGCAACAUUAGAUCCUCUAGCGGAUGGACAGACAGAUGUGGACAUCAUGAAAUUCAUCGGUGAGUGUACACUAGAGAUGGUGUUCAGCACGACGAUGGGACGGAACGCACACGAACUGCCCGGCCAGAGAGAGUAUAUACGAAACUUAGAGAUCAUUCAAAAUUGUGUUGGAGAGAGGAUUCUAAAUGCGAAUCAAUACUUGGGAGUGUUCUAUCGAAUGAGCAACGCUUACAAAAUAGAACAAAUUUCAAGAGAUUUUUGCAACAAAUUUACAGACAAGAUUAUCAGCGAAAGACGCAAGGAGCUUGAAGCGGAAUCAGGUCUUGUAACCGAGGAAGAUGAAUUCAAACCAAAGUCACUCAACUUCUUGGAUGAGGUAUUACAGAUACGGAAGCAAGAUAACCUCAAAUUCACAGAUCUAGAAAUAGCCGAUCAACUGUACACUAUGAUGAGCGCUGCACACGACACAUCAGCUCUGACCGUAGCUUACACCUGUCUAUUCCUCGCAAUGAACCCGGAGGUACAGUCGAAAGUCCUAGCCGAAAUGAACGAUGUAUUCCACUCACCAUCGGUGGAAAUCAACUGCGACACGCUGAGGCAGCUUGAGUACACAGAAAUGGUCAUCAAAGAAGUGCUUCGACUGUGCCCAGCUGUUCCGCUUGCCGCACGGGAAACCUCUGAAGAAAUCAUACUCGAUGGUAUUCGUAUCCCGAAAGGACAAAUUUUAGGUAUGAAUUUCUAUUCCCUGCACCGGCGCGAAGACUUCUGGGGUUCUGAUCCGGAACGCUUCGACCCAGAACGAUUCCGUCCGGAGGAGUGCGAGAAGCGCCAUCCGUACGCUUAUCUGCCGUUCAGCGGAGGGCUUCGAAAUUGCAUCGGUAGUCGAUAUGCAGCGAAUUCGAUGCGAAUAAUGUUGCUGAGAAUUCUACAACAGUUUGAGUUGCGCACCGAUCUGAAGCAGUCGGAUUUAAGAUUCAAGUAUGAGAUAACACUGAAGCUGACCGGACCACAUCGGAUGCGGUUAGUGAGGAGAAAAUAAAAGCUGAAACGAGUGUGUUACCAUCGGUUUGCUAAUGAUGCAUCGAUCUAGAAGAAGCAGUUAAGAUUCUUGCUAGAUCGGACAAUUAUACUCAUCAGAGGAUUGGAGAAACCUUACCAGAUUAAUAAGUAUCUUUCAUGAUAGUAUUAUAAUAGCAGUCUCAGUAUAUAGUAACUUAAAUUACAAUAUUUAUUCGAUUGAACUAGAGAUGUUUUGUUCGUUUCACUAAUAUAAUAUCAACAACAAUCACUAAUUGAACCCUCAAAAUAAUAUUCAUGAGAUAAGUCAAUUACAUUCAAGUGAAAACAGCUCCAUACGCUGACAUAGUCAUGGCAUCAGUUUUCAAGGAUGUGCACGGGCUAGUUUUUAGUGAUUAUCUUUAAAAUAGUAAAGUAAUCAAAUCUGUGUGAAUGUUACAUUCUGACACACCACUUAGAUUUUGAAAACGUGCAGCACACUUUAAAUUUAGAUUAUAAUAAUUCUUAAAAAUCUGUUCAUUUAUUCUUCACAUUAUUAAAACAAGAACGACUAACAGCUUGCAGUAUAAUUCAUAUUUGUAACUCAAAAAUAAUAAACUCCACAAAAUGCAAUUCAAUC